AUGCCGUGUUGUACCAAAAUCCCGGAAACUGCUGACAAGGAUGUUGACGAUGUGGGUCAAUAUCUGGAAGGAUUGUCCAAGGCAUUUAAGUCCCUUGAAAAGAAUAUCGCAGAGACAAUAACGGAAUACCAGCAACUGAUGACCUCCUAUGAAAAAGUGGCUCAUACCUUUACGGAAAUAACACAAGAAAAUGACCGUAAUAUCCAAUUAUUUUCCAAGGACUUUGAGGCAGAAAUGAGAAAACUAAAGGAUGGUCCAGCCAUGGCAUCACUACAGAUGGACAUUUCCCGAUAUGUUAAGGAAGGACUAAAACCCAUCAUCGCUGAACGUGAAAAAGUUGCCAAAAUGUAUAAAGUUCUCAGAGAUUUAAGGAAAUCAUACGAUACAUAUCGCUAUGACAUUAGCGAAACUGAAAAAAAAUACGCAAAAAAAAAUAAAUCUCUGACAGAAAGUAAAUCAUAUGCACAAAAGGGCAAAAAACGUGAUGAAGUAUCGGCGAAAUAUGAAACUAAAAAGAAAGAAAUAGUAACUGCAGUUGCACACUUAAAAGAACUCAUCUACGAUUUUGUUUCGCACGCACUUCCAGGAUAUGCGGUGUCUUCGGGUUCUUUUGCGAAGCAUUUGGGACUACAAUUGGAAUCUUAUGCUGCAGGCAUCGGACCAAAGGCUACUGCUGGUACCACUUCAGAAACCAGUCACAAUAAUGGUAGUAUUGUUGAAGAAAAUGGUAAAAGUAUGGAUGGAAAACAAUCUGAUUUAUUACAAAAAAAUACAUCUUCUAACCCCUUGACUCUUGAGCAAGAAUACUAUCAACAAAUCGCAAAAUAG